AUCCCUUGGGAGAUUUUCUAUACAAGAAGCAGUUAAGCUUGGCCUGCUCUGCCCUGCCCUGCCCUGCCCUCUUCUUCCUCCUCUUCCCUUCUCCAUCCAGGAGAGGACUGCUUCAGGUUCUCCUUCUUUCAGGCGCUUUCCUCACCCCCAAUCGCGGCCAAAAUUCCGGACCUUUUCCAGCGGCAGAACCGUUGAGUGCGGCGGCGGCGACCGCCUACCGAGCCAAGAAUCCAUAGGUUUCCUUCUGGCGAGCUAGGCCUUCUCCUAGAGGCGUUUCUUGGGAGCCAUAUUUGGUUCCGGAUCCAUGCUGGCCGACGACAUCUUGGGCUCCCCUUUCCCCGCCUAGUAUUAUUGUCUUCGCAAGGGUUUCUUGGUUCCUCGGAGGUCCUCCAAGUUCUUGCCAAUCUGGGCAAUCUGGCCCCAACCCCGGGGCGCGGCCGUGUUAGGGUUCGGGGGGCUGGAUGGGGUCGGUCGUGGAUUUUGUGGAGAUCAGCUCCGACGAGGAGGACCUUCCCAUGCCCAGGAAGCCAGUUGACGACUGGCUUGGGAAGCUUUUGAAUGAUGAUGAGCCAAAUGGAGACGAUUUCUUUGAUCUUGUGGUGAUGGGUGAGUUCUCGCCGCCACAGAAGAAGGCCAACCCUGGCGGCGGCGGCGGGGGCGGUGGUGGUGAUGAUGAGGAUGAUGAUGAUUGUGUGGUUCUAGAUGGUGACCCUGAGAAGGCGAUUACCAUCGGGGAGGACAAGGGGAGUGUGGGAGAUAGCAGCUCCGAUGAAUUGCAGAUAGUUGGGGAGAAAGGACCGGUAGCGUGCAGGGACUUCCCUCAUUCACGCCAUCUAUGUUCUAACUUGCCCUUCAGCGCUACUUCUCAUGUGAAGCAUUGUAGCAUGUGUCACUGUUUUGUAUGCGAUGCUCCAGCUCCAUGUAAUUAUUGGGGUAAAGGUAUCCAGCUUAAUGAUCAUUGUCAUGCUACGGAUAAGGAAUCAAAGUGGAAACAGCUGCGGCAAGCAUUCAAGUCUAAAAGUCUUCCAGCAUCUCGUCCAGAACAAUGCCAGAAUGCCAUCUACCCAACAAUGGCACCAUCCAUUAAGAAGGAUAUACAGUGUCAAGUCUCGUCUUUUGCAAACAGAAGUCCUCUUCUGCAUGUUAUGAGCCAAAACCAACAAAGACACACUUCAGUUAGAGUCUCACUGAAUGUAGGACGGACUAUCAGUACACCAAGAGCAUCCCUUGCGACAAAAGCGGUGAGAAGUACAAACAAUGUCCACACUGCUCAAAACAUCCAUUCACGUGGAAACUUCAAAAGAGUAGGUACAGCUUCUCCAGGUCACACAAUCCGAAAUGCUAACCGAUUUGGUUCUAGUGCUCCAAUCAGUACCCUGUCCCUUAUGAACAAUGCAUUGCCACAUGUAUCACAGCCAGUUCAAGCUAUACCAGGAACUAAUACUGCUCAUGUAUCUCAGCAAGUUCAACCACAAGGAACCAAUCCUUUCAGUGGUACUGUCAAGAAAAGUGCCCCUCAGAGAUCUCUCAGUGCGCCAAUAGCAUCUCAGGGGCAACAAGGUCAGCUGGCACCAUCUUCUCAGGCUGCCUCAAAUGUAGUGCAUGGCGUAGGACCUCAACUUUCCCGGUGCACCUCGCUUAUGAAUGAGAGAAGACAAUUCCUGCCAGAACCAGUAAUCGAUGUUUCCACACAAAGCUGGCAAGACAUACUUGCUAGUGUGGCAUCGGAUCUGGGAGUAUUGGAUGAUUCUGCUUACAAUACCAGUACUUCACAUUCCCAGCAGCCUGUGAGGACUUCCCCCCAACCUCUGGAUGCCGGUGCAAACCAAGGGGAGGGGGGCCUUCACGCCGAGUCUGUUGCGUCAGCGGUAAACCUGAUGACUUCUAAUGGGCAUGGCUUGCCCAUUCAUACAACAGGUGGUGGUACCCAGACAAAUGCUCCUAAGCAAACUUUGCAUCCUCUGAAUUAUGGUGGCAGUCUUAGUCCAGAUGAAGCUCAUCUUGAUGGUUUUCUAAGCCCCCCUGCAGAUGAAUUAUUGUUAGAAGCUGCUCAGCAGAGGGACUCUUCCGGAUUGGAUUCUACAGGCCUUAUAUUUGACUUUGAACUCGACGACUGGGCUUAAGCAGCACUCUCAGAGUCAGAGGCUGUCCCGUCUUUAGCAUUUGGCGGGCUUCGUGGACAAUAAAACCGGUGAUGGUACUAGUAGCUGGUCCGUAGGGUUUCCUUCACACGAGAGGUGAAGAUGUUCCUUGUACAGUAAUUAACUAGGUUGUGUGGUGGAGAUAUUUUCUUAGAUGGGUUGGUGUUUAACCUGUCGGUCAUACGGGCCUUUUUAUUAGGAGGCCUUAGAUGCUAGUAAUCUUUGUCACGCUGUAAUAGAAGAGCAGAAUUUCCACUACCUAGCUGUUGGUCAUAUUUCUAUGAGCCAUAUACUAUUCUAGCGCCAAAAACGCCUGUUUGUGGUA